UCUCGUUGAUGCUUCGCAACUUCGCGUUAUUAAAAAUAUUUUCCAAUAUGGCGGUGAUAUGUUGUGGCCAUUCUACAUGAGUAUGUCAAUUUAAUUUGCAAAAAACCAUAAUUAAGUUUCUUAAAUUUGCUUAAAAAAUUAAUCAAACAACUCAUAAAUAUACCUUAACGAACAUUUUGUAAAAAUAGUGCUCCAAACUUGUGUAAUUUGUGCUAAAAUAACAAAACUUUUAUCCCGAAAAGAAAACUUCCUUUCCGAGUUUCGAGUUCGAGGGGCAUAAUAUAUACCUACCGUGCGUGUGAGUAGCCGAGCGAGAGCCAGAGCAGCCGAAUUAUAUAUAUAAACGAGAAAAUAUAAAAGAAAAAGAAGGAAAAAAGAUAUAUUUUUCUUCUUUUUUUUCUGCUUCGGUUUUUCGUUUUUCCGUAAUUUCCCAGCGAGCGAAAAUAUUAGAAAAAGAAAAUAUUAAAAAAAAAAAAAUUGUACAGAAAAUAGUGCGAACGAUUAUUUUUCUUUUUGAUUGAAAACAUUAGAAGAAUGUGCUGAGAUUGUAGAUACAAAGUAUCAAAAUGCUUAUUAUAAACAAAAUAUAAAAAUAUCCAUCUAUGUUUAAUCAUCAUAAUAUAUAAAUAAUUGUGUAUUAAGUAAGUAAAAAAUAAACUAUCCAAGGACAUUUUAUCAUAAUAAUUAAUUAGCAAAAAAAGUGCUGUUUCGCUACUUUCUGUGUGGUUCAGAUAAAAUUUGCACACACAAAAAAAACAAACAAACAAAACAAAUUUUUGUAAUAAAGUUCUAUUUGGAAUAGUGUAAAUUAAAAUUCGUAAACACGGGGAAACGUUCAAAGAAAACUUCUACAAAAACCAACAAACCAAUUAACAGAAUGACAACAGACACCCGCCGACGUGUUAAACUAUAUGCUCUAAAUGCUGAAAGGCAAUGGGAUGAUCGUGGGACAGGUCAUGUUUCAUCCAAUUAUGUUGAUAGGCUAAAAGGCAUCUCAUUGCUAGUUCGGGCUGAAUCCGAUGGUUCGUUACUUUUAGAAAGUAAAAUCCAACCAGAUACUGCCUAUCAAAAGCAACAGGACACACUUAUUGUAUGGUCUGAGGGAGAUAACUUCGAUUUGGCAUUAAGCUUCCAAGAGAAAGUCGGUUGCGAUGAGAUUUGGGAGAAAAUUUGCCAGGUGCAAGGUAAAGACCCAUCGGUUGAGAUUACCCAAGACAUAGUCGAAGAGUCUGAAGAUGAGCGCUUUGAGGAUAUGUCCGAUACAGCACCACCAAUUGAGUUACCACCCUGCGAACUAGGUCGACUCGAGGACAUCGCAGAAACAAUACAAAAUUGUUUAACCACACCCCUGCGCAAAGAGAAGCUCUCAACGGCCCUGCAAUCUGAAAAUUAUAUCAAGAAAUUGCUAAAUCUUUUUCACGUAUGCGAAGAUCUAGAGAACAUGGAAGGUCUCCAUCAUCUCUUCGAGAUCUUCAAGAACAUCUUUCUGCUGAACAAGAAUGCACUUUUUGAAAUAAUGUUUGCAGAGGACACAAUAUUCGAUGUAGUUGGCUGCUUGGAAUACGAUCCCAAUCUUACGCAACCGAAAAAACAUCGCCAAUACUUAAAACAAUUGGCAAAAUUUCGUGAAGCCAUCCCAAUCCGAAACCAAGAUCUGCUGGCAAAAAUCCAUCAAACGUUCCGAGUGCAAUACAUUCAGGAUAUCAUAUUGCCAACGCCUUCGGUUUUUGUCGAAGAUAACAUGCUGAAUACGCUCUCCAGUUUUAUAUUCUUCAAUAAAGUCGAAAUUGUCACACUGAUACAGGAGGACGAGCGUUUUCUGGUCGAUAUGUUUACUCUGCUCACCGAUCCAAAUACAACGGAGGCGAAACGUCGUGACAUUGUACUCUUUUUGAAAGAAUUUUGCAACUAUGCUCAAAAUUUGCAACCACAAGGUAAAGAUUCGUUCUACAAAACCUUGACGUGCUUGGGAAUUCUCCAGGCUCUAGAAAUAACCUUGAUAAUGGCCGAUCAGAAGACAAAAUCAGCUUCUAUUGAUAUUCUAACUGCAAUUGUUGAGUUUUCGCCAUUGGUUGUACGCAAUUAUACAUUGCAGCAGGUGAGCAGGACUGACGGGGGACGAAUGCUACUUAAUAUAGCUAUUGAACAAAUGUUGACUGAUUCCGAGCCAGAAUUGGGUGGAGCGGUGCAAUUAAUGGGUGUGAUAAAAAUUCUCCUAGAACCAGAGAACAUGCUCACCGAGAAGGGGGACUUCCUAAAUUUCUUUUACAAGCAUAGUAUUCAAACGUUAAUUGCUCCACUUUUAAUGAAUACCAUUGGUGAUAGACCACAGAACGAAGAUUAUCAAACGGCGCAAUUGUUGGGUCUGGUUUUGGACAUUCUAUCAUUUUGUGUAGAACAUCACACGUAUCACAUAAAGAAUUUUAUAAUACAAAAAGAUCUCCUCAAGAGAAUACUAGUGCUUAUGAAAAGCACACAUACGUUCCUCGUUCUUGGCGCCCUUAGACUUUUAAGAAAAAUAAUUGCACUUAAAGACGAGUUUUAUAAUAGACAUAUUGUUAAGGGUAACUUAUUUGCACCAGUUGUUGACGCAUUCAUUAGAAAUAAUGGCAGAUAUAAUCUACUCGAAUCGGCUAUAUUAGAAUUAUUUGAGUAUAUUAAACUCGAGGACAUAAAAUCCCUUUGCGUAUAUUUUGUUGAGAAUUUCAGUAAAAUAUUUGAUGAAAUCGAAUAUGUACAAACGUUUAAGUAUCUGAAGACCCGAUACGAUCAAUACCAAGACCGAAUAAAGGAUCGCGACAAGUUGGCUAUUGACAACACUCUACCAAUAAUCAGAAGUGGCCGAUACCGUCGUGAUCAAAGGCAGCUAGAUGAAGACGAAGAGAUGUGGUUUAAUGAAGAAGAAGAUUUUGCCGAGGAGCUUGAUUCUUACAAUGUUAUGAAGAGUAAACCAGUUGAAAAGAACGGUCCUCAAUCUGCGCAGCAGAAUAAGUCGCCGAACAAUUCGUCAACUGCAAUUCACUCAAUGACAAACAGCAGCAGCAGCAGUUUAAACACAUCCUCCACUUCGUUGUCACCUGGAAGUGUGAGUGGAAGCAGCAGCAGCAGUGGUUCGUCGACAGCAUCGUCUUCGCCUCCGCACUCAUCAAACUCACCGCCACAGGGUCAUAAUACCGCCCUAACAAUGCAACAGCACCCUUUGCAUAAUUUCCAACAGCAGCAAGUGACGCUUACUAGCACGCAACAACAGUCCAAUCAACAGAAUGCUGCAGCGUUAGUGAUUUCGCAUCAACAGCAAGAGCUGUCUCUCUCGUCGUCGUCCUCGAAUUCUUCUUCGUCGUCUUCUUCGUCCUCGUCCGAAUCAUUGUCACAACAAAAACAUCAACAACAACCCCAGCAAAAGCAAAAGGAACCCCAUUCGCAGGAUAUUAAAGAUAAAACAACAACGAUCAUUACAAAUUCCAGCGAAGUAGUUGCUUCACAAAAUACGCAUCUUGACCCAUCAUCAUCGUCAUCUUCUUCAUCAUCCGAAGAAGAGGAAACAUCUUCAGCUUCUUCACUGAAAAUAUCACAUGCAAGUAGUAAAUCAGAUAUUAUUGAUGGGCCAUCAAAUAUUUCCACCAUCAUAACGACUGGUAAUACAACUUCCACCACCAAUAGAGCGGCUGCGGACGCUGUAUCAGCUGUUGUUGCCGCUAUAGCUGCUAGUACUACUGUAAACAGUACAAAUUGUGAUGGUAUAUUGAGUGUUGGUGCGGCAGCAGUAUUGUCUGCGGUAACUGCCAAUGGAGAGGCUGAUGCUGUUGAAAAAGAAACUGCUCUAGCGUUAACAACAACUGCGAACCCUUCAGACAAUGUUAUUAAAAAGGGUCUUGUUGAUUACGAAAGUGAUUCCAAUGAAGAGUACGACGAUGAAGAUGAAGACAUGCCUGAUCAAAAGAAGCCUCGCCUGGCAUAGCAGUAUAACAAUAAUUAUCAACAUCAUCAUCUUGCGAAUUAGAAAUACUGGACAUUUUAAGAGAAAAAUAAACAAAACAAAUGAAAAAACGAAAAUCUUCAGUGAGACUAUAUCACCGUCAUAAGUGUUUAAUUAAUAUCUUCAAGUGGAUGUUUGAGUUUUACAACAAAACAAAGUCUCAUCCAACCAAACCAACACAACACAACAAAACUCACACUCCCCCCUCCCCCACAUAAAUACACAACACGCAGAAGAAGAAGAGAGUAUUUGUAGUAGUUAUACAGAUCUAUUAUAGUAAAAAUAAAAAGAAAAUAAUAAAACAAAAAAAAAUAAAUAAAAGUUUAAAAAUCUAAAAACAGAGAAAUUAAUUUAAUAAAAAAAAGAACAAACAAAACAAAAAAAGAAAAGAAAACCAUUGCAGCGUUCUGUUUAUACCAACAGCGUUCUGCCACUCAGUUUUUAAUUUUUUUAUUAUGAUUUCUUUUUUAAUAAAAAACCUUAUUUAUAGAGCACAUUAGUUUAUAUAAAAGUAUAAAUAUAUAUAUAUAAAUAUAGAAAUUAAUAUUAAAAGAAGAGAACUUUUAAAAUCUAAAUACAAUCGUAGUUAAUUGCGUUUUUCAAACUAAGAGGAAAACCCGAAAUAAAAAAAAAGUGAGCAGUGAAAUGCAACAAAACCCGUCAUCAAACAACGUAAUUUUUAUUUUUUUUUGUUGGAUGGUAUCCAUUAUUUAAAAAUUCCAGUGUUUAUUUUUAUAUAUUUCUUUUUCCCCCAAGAACACGAUUUUUUAAGAAUUUUAAUUUAUAUAAUUAUAUGUCUUAACUGUCUCCUAAAAAAAAGAAAAAGUCCUAUUAUGUUUAAACUUUUCCAAAUUGCUAUAUAUAUAUAUUUCCACCACUAUUUGUAACAUACACACAAAAUUAAAAAAAAAAUACAUUUAAAUUUUCAAGGA